GCAGGCCUGCCCCAGACCUGGCGCGCCCCGCCGCCCUUUGCGGCCAGUCCUCUGCCCCGGAGACCCGCGCCCCCGGCGGUAUGCUCGGGAUGCGCCGGCCGGGUCCCAGCCCAGGACCUAGCCUGGGCCUCGGGAUGCUUGUCCAGGAGACGGGUUCUUCGAGCUGCCCACGCGGGUGUAGCCAGAGGGUGGGGCUGCGACGGGGCGGAGGCCGCUACGCCCGAACUCCCAAGUGAUCGGUGGGGAGGGGCGGGGACACGGGUCCGGCCAGGCCGAGUGCGUGGUCCCCCAGAGAUGAGACCCAGGUUGCCAGAGGGCUUCGGGGUCCAAGAACUCAUCGAGGUCCUCCGGACGGCGCCAAGCGGAGUGGAGUCGGGCGGAGCCUUACGCUCUGGACUUCUUCCGAGGGCUUCGGUCGGAGUCAGGCCUUCUUCCUGGACCCCUCGCCCGCCGCGCCUCGAGCACGUGGCGGUACCCGAGCAGUGACCCUGACCCCCUCACCUCUGCUAAGCCGGGCGGGGCCAAGACUGGACUCUAUUGGGAUUAAGUCCAAAGCGGGGGAGACCUUGGCCUCCACCUCCUGCGUGUCCCAACAUGCACUCCCUUCUUUGGCGCGAGUUCCCCCAGGAGUUUCACACGGGUGGGGCAUGGGGGUGACGUGCGAGCUUGAGAGGGCAUUAGUACCCAAGCAGCCCAGAUGGCUAGGACCUCUGUCUCCUCAAGGUCAGAAGAGCCCUUACAGGAGGCAGGGGAGGGCUGUCCCUGGCAGGGAGCCCAGUGGGCAGCCCCUUCAGGCACUCAACCCUGGUUCUCCGCUUCCUCACUCUCUGUUUCUGGGUCGCUUCCUUCCUACUUUACUUCUGGCUUAUCCUCUGCCCAAUUCUGCCAAGGUGGUCCCUUGCCCAGGAAGCCAUCAACUUUUGCACAGGGGGCCAGUCUUAGAGUUAGAAGCAGAGGUGGGUAAAGGGCUAGGUUGACAGGGCCCUUCCCUGGUCAUCCCAGGAGCAGUGGUCAGGAUCUGGGAUGUGGCCCUGCACUGUGGUGAAGGAAGCCCCUAUGCUUCCCCAGCUCAGGGAUUGGAGUAGGAGGGGGAGGAGGAGGAAGAGGACGAGGAAGAGACCAUCAGUUGUUUGCUAUUCCCAGAGGGGAGGAACCGGAUUUGGCCUGGAGAGCUGCUGGUGUGGCCUGCAGCCAAGGGGCUUCCGGUCACCUCCCCAGGAGCCCACCCACCCUCAGUUCCUGUCCCAGAGAGGCUCCUCUCUGCAGGGCUCAGGGUGGGGGCAGUCCUCAGGGCCUGCCUGCAGUCCAGCUGCCCAUGACUUGGCCCAGGCCAGGCCAGCUCAGGGCUCUCUGAGUUCUUGGCCAACAGUCCUGUGGACAGCCCGGAAAAGUACUCUGCCUACUGGGCAGCCACUGGCUCUCAGCAGAAAACAAAGGCGCCUCAGACCCAGAUGUCUUCAUCCUGCCUGGAAGGCACUGGUGGGGUGAGAGUCCACAGUCCUGCCCACCCCUAUAGCACCCCAGCUGCCCUGCAGCCCACAGCUGAGUAGAGCCAGGGCCAAGACAUCCAGAGCGAUCUCAGGAUGAUGUCUCUGUGUCUGCCAGACACAUGCAGCCUGGCCGAGAAGGUGAGCUCUCUGGGUAAGGACUGGCACAAGUUCUGCCUCAAGUGUGAGCGCUGCAACAAGACGCUGACUCCCGGGGGCCACGCUGAGCACGAUGGGAAGCCGUUUUGCCACAAGCCCUGCUAUGCCACGUUGUUCGGACCAAAAGGAGUGAAUAUCGGGGGUGCUGGUUCCUAUAUCUAUGAGAAGCCCCUGGCGGAGGGGCCACAAGUGACCGGCCCCAUCGAGGUCCCGGUUGCCCGAGCAGAGGAGCGUAAGGCGAGUGGCCCCCCUAAGGGGCCCAGCAAAGCCUCUAGCAUCACCACGUUCACCGGGGAGCCCAACAUGUGCCCUCGCUGCAACAAGAGGGUCUACUUUGCCGAGAAGGUGACAUCUCUGGGUAAGGACUGGCACCGGCCUUGCCUGCGCUGUGAGCGCUGUGGGAAGACGCUGACUCCAGGCGGGCACGCGGAGCACGAUGGCCAGCCGUACUGCCACAAGCCCUGCUAUGGAAUACUCUUCGGACCCAAGGGUGUGAACACCGGGGCGGUGGGCAGCUACAUCUAUGACAAGGAUCCUGAAGGCAAAGUCCAGCCCUAGGCUGUAGCUCCUUCCGUGGUCGAAGGGCCUUCUGCCUCUUGCCAGACCCUGCCCUGUGCCUGGUGGCUGCCUCAGCGUCCUGCCUACAAGCCCUGCCAGAGUCAGAGGAGGGGCAGUGGCAAGGGCUAAUGCCCACCUAUGUGUCUGGGGGUGCCUGCUACCCUCUGGCUUCCUCUGAAGGUCCCCAUCACCCCCUUUUGUGUCUGUGUGCUCCAUAUACACGUGUCCUUGUGUGCCUCCGAACCCCAGGGGCACUCUAUGUGUCUCCCUUCCAGCAUUUCUGUGUGUCCCUGGGUGUCCUGUGUCCUUGUGUGCCCUGUGGGUCUCUGAGGUGGCUGUCGUGCUCCCCCUCUCCUGCUGCCCCAGGCCCUCCUGCCAGUGUUAUUUAUGCCCCCUUGCCAGUGAUGGCCACGCCUCUCACAUUGUCUCCCAGGUGGAGUGUGUCCCUGCUCAGGGCCUUCUGCCUGGCUCCCACACUGCCUUGCAAGCUCUCCCUGCCACCACAUGUGGUUCACUUCCCUGCUGAGAUUUUGCUGUCAAUAAAAGGUUUGAGGAUCAUAGGACAA